UGGAAAUAUGGGUCCACACUCGUAGCUGACUGACUUCAGUCCCACGGAUUGGGAUCCCACAAAGCUGUGCAGCAAAAGGGGUGAAAAGUUAUCUCAGCAGCCGCAGCAGUGCAUCAGAACCUGAAGCCAUUAAAGACCACAGGAAGCAUCACUGGAAGCAGACCGUCACCAUCCAUCCCAGGUGCUCACCGCUGAAACGGCUGUAAAGGUUGCAGGAAAGGCUGCUUGGGUCCACGCCAGCCAUUCUAAACCGGUCCCAGAACCAUACCACGACACAGGGCCCUCCAAUCACCUUCCAAGUACAUUAGCUAAUGCCCAGAGCAGAUUAAAGUCACCGCAACGCAUUGAGGAUUCUUCAGGAGUGUAGGCGGAUCGCUGCUCCUAAGGUGACCAACACACACUCCAGGAAAAGAUCUAGGAUGACAGUAUUGUCAUACUGUCUGAGGACACCAACCAAACAACGCAAUGAGCGAGGGGUGAAAUAGCGCUCUCCUCCUACAAGUAGCGUGCCAAGCUACCACCUAAGUGACGGCAGUAGACAACUGUGUCACCAACGAGGGAUCAGCGAUGGAACCCAGAUCCUCCAGACCCUGGCAUCCAUUCGGCAUACCAGGAGGGUGUCAUCUCAGAUCCCCUUUCUGCCGGUGGCGCCCCCCCCUGCUGUUGAGGCUGUGGUAUGAGCCUAUGUGGCAGGAAGGCGCUGACUUUGCUGAGCAGCGUGUUUGCUGUUUGCGCCCUGGGCCUGCUGGGGAUCGCCGUGAGCACCGACUACUGGCUCUACCUGGAGGAAGGCGUCAUCCUUCCCCUCAACCAGAGCACCGAGAUUCGCAUGUCCCUCCACUCUGGCCUCUGGAGGGUUUGCUUCUUGGCUGGGGAGGAGAAAGGCCGGUGUUUUACCAUAGAGUAUGUGAUGCCCACUAAUGUCCAGAUGACCUCUGAGUCCACUGUUAGCGUCCUGAAGAUGAUCCGCUCUGCCACACCCUUCCCUCUGGUCAGCCUGUUCUUCAUGUUCAUUGGUUUUGUACUCAGCAACAUUGGCCACAUCCGACCCCAUCGCACCAUCCUGGCCUUUGUAUCCGGAAUCUUCUUCAUUUUGUCAGGUCUCUCCCUGGUGGUCGGUCUGGUGUUGUAUAUCUCCAACAUUAACGAUGAAAUGUUGAACAGGACCAAAACUAAUGAGGCAUACUUCAGCUACAAGUACGGCUGGUCAUUUGCCUUCGCUGCCAUCUCUUUCCUGCUCACUGAGACGGCAGGCGUCAUGUCAGUGUACCUGUUCAUGAAGCGCUACACAGCAGAGGAAAUGUACCGGCCCCAUCAGGGCUUCUACCGGCCUCGACUCAGCAACUGCUCAGAUUACUCCGGCCAAUUCCUCCAUCCAGACGCCUGGGCUGGACGUGGUCGCAGUGCCUCCUCCAUUUCAUCUGAGGCCUCCCUCCAGAUGAACUCCUCCAACUACCCUGCUCUCCUCAAAUGUCCAGAGUAUGAACAAAUGUCUUCCUCACCCUGCUGAGGCAGAGAUGAGUUGUUGUGUUAGCAUCGUAGGGGUAAUUUCUAUCUAUCUGGAUUUUGGAGUAAAAUUGUCUGAUAAUUUGAUAUUAUCCAGUUGAAUCGCUUCCCUCUACAAGUGUCCUGACUAUGACCUGAUUCUGUCUGCCCUCCCUACUACCGAUUCUAUCCAUUUACACUUUUUGGUUCAGUGGGGAGUAAAACUUAAGUUGAGGGUUAGCCAGUUCACUUUAUUCUCAGCUCAGUCUUGUUUCAGGGAGAGCUGUCAGGAGAAGCAGCAGGCAUGAGUUUGACUAGUUUUAUCUGCUUUUUCUACUUUUUAGUGAUAGGUGACUA